CAGAAGAUGCAAACCGUACGACGGUACAUAACCGCAUCUAAUAAACAGGUGAAAUUUGCAUUCGACUAAGAAUCAAGUAGCAAAUAAAGUAACAAUCACAGUGAAUAUGGAACCGCAAGCUUCCAAAGAGAUAAAAAUCAUCGUAAAAUGGAGCGGAAAGGAGUAUCCAAUUGAAGAUCUCACUGACCACGACACGGUAGCCAUUCUGAAACAUGAGAUUUGUAAGAAGACCCAGGUGAAGCCGGAACGGCAGAAGUUGCUCAAUCUGAAGUACAAAGGUAAAUUCGCUACGGAUGAAAUACGUUUGGGACUACUGGAACUUAAACCGAAUUUCAAAUUAAUGAUGGUUGGAUCAUUGGAGGCAGAUAUCGUCGAAGCGUCUUCCAGACCAAAUGACAUCGGAAAUGUUGUAAAUGAUCUCGACAACGAGGACGAUGACAAAGUUCCGUUAGAGAAUAAAGAAAUUUAUCUGUCAAAAAUCAAUAAACGCGUACGCGAUUAUAAAAUUAACGAACUGAACCCACCCCGCGAGGGCAAGCGUUUGCUGGUGUUAGAUAUUGAUUACACACUGUUCGAUCACCGAUCUGCAGCAGAAAAUGGCGCUGAACUAAUGCGACCAUAUCUACAUGAGUUUCUCACUUCCGCGUAUCAAGAUUAUGACAUUGCAAUUUGGUCCGCCACAUCGAUGAAAUGGAUUGUGGAGAAAAUGAAAUUACUUGGAGUCACUUCACACGCUGACUACAAACUGGUUUUCAUGCUCGACUCGGAAGCGAUGAUCACUGUUCAUUGUCCAUUGCGUGGAGUAAUUGAAGUGAAGCCUUUAGGAGUGAUUUGGGGCAAGUAUAGCCAGUAUUCUUCGAAGAACACCAUUAUGUUUGAUGACUUACGAAGAAAUUUUCUGAUGAAUCCAAAGUCGGGCCUUCGGAUCAAACCCUUUGCGGAAGCUCAUCUCAAUCGUCACAAAGAUAAAGAACUGUUGAAGCUCACGAAAUACCUCAAAGAUAUUGCGAAACAUUGUGAAGAUUUCAAUGAAUUAAACCACAAAAAAUGGGAAAGCUUCAAACCGAAGAAGCGACGUGAAGCGACUGAUGACUAAAUUGCGUAUAUUCUUGCAAAGUUGAAUCGCCUUAUUCCAUGAAUGCUUUAAAUGAACCGAAAACCGUUUGUUAAUAGUAGAAUUCUAACUUGAACAAUAAAAAGAUGCAAUGCUUAUUUUAA